GCUCCCUCCCACCCCUCCCAUCUGCUCUGCCUGCAGUCUCCCUGUUCUUCUCUACAGCUUUGGUGGUAGUGCGUGUACGUGUACAGGAGAGAGUCUCUGGCUUGCGGGCGGCCUCUUUCCUCGCUGGUGUCUCCUUACCUGGAAGUCUGUCCUUGGUAGGACGAUCACCUUGGCCUGCCAGCUCCGUGGCUCCUCCUAAUCCCUCCCAAUGGCCACAUCCUAGCGGCCAGGAGGGGAGAGCAGAAGAAACCGAGGGGGAAAUGACUGCUGCGGUGGUUGUGGAAUGAAGCACGGGGGACUUCGGGGAAUAACCUUUAGCAGGAGAAUGAGUCAGAAAAGCAAAUGACUUCUGACGGCCCACUAGCUGCGGUUCCACGAAGCUUCUGAUCCUUCAUGUCGCUUGCUAGACCUCUCUUGCCAGUCCAAGGAAGACGGUGGGACGCCACUGCGGAGAGCACGAAAAUCGUACGCUUUUUUUCAUUGGAGGAACGAUACCACCCCUUCAUUUAACCUUCUCCUGCAAAGUUCCCCCAGAAUUCUGGCAUCCUUUUGAACGUCGAGUCCCUUGCCCGAACCCAAAUGGUGCGCAUAUAGUUCAUGGCAUGUUAAACACAUACUAAUAUAUAAAAUACGUUACUGUGGAAAUUCACACAGUGCUGAAACGAGAAGCAAACCUUCAUGAUGGAUGACGGGUACCGGAAUCAGGUGAACCAAGUUUCGGAUGACUACAGAUACCAAGGCACCAAUUAUGAAGGCUACCCUCCCCAAGAUGGCUACUACCACGGCGGGGAGCAGCCCGGUCAAGAGGAAGAUGCCCAGAGCGAUGCCACGGAGGGACAUGAUGAAGACGACGAAGUCUACGAAGGCGAGUACCAGGGCAUCCCUCACCCCGACGACGUCAAGGCCAAGCAGAAGAAGAAAGCGGCAGGGAUGGCUGACGAGUUUCGAGACCACGCGGACCUCGUGGCUGAGAGGAUGGAAGAUGAAGAGCAACUGGCUCACCAGUAUGAGACCAUCAUUGAAGAGUGCAGUCACGGACGCUUUCAGUGGACGCUCUUCAUCGUCCUGGGCUUGGCGCUGAUGGCCGACGGGGUGGAGGUGUUUGUGGUUGGCUUCGUCUUGCCCAGCGCAGAGAAGGACAUGUGUUUGUCAUCCUCCAACAAAGGGAUGCUUGGACUUAUCGUCUACUUGGGCAUGAUGCUUGGGGCUGUUUUGUGGGGCGGCCUGGCCGACAAGCUGGGCCGGAAGCAGUGUCUCAUCCUCUCUCUCUCCAUCAACGCAACCUUUGCGUUCCUCUCCUCCUUUGUGCAGGGAUACGGAUUCUUCCUCUUCUGCCGCCUUAUCUCUGGUUUCGGAAUUGGGGGCACGCUCCCGAUCGUGUUUGCCUAUUUUUCUGAAUUCCUGUCCCGCGAAAAGAGAGGGGAGCACCUGAGCUGGCUUUGCAUGUUCUGGAUGAUCGGUGGUCUUUACGCCUCUGUCAUGGCCUGGAGCAUCAUUCCACAUUACGGUUGGGGAUUCAGCAUGGGGACCAACUACCACUUCCACAGCUGGAGGGUCUUUGUGGUUGUGUGCUCUCUGCCUUGCAUAGCCUCUCUUGUGGCACUGAAGUUUAUGCCAGAAAGUCCACGUUUCUUGCUGGAGAUAGGCAAGCAUGAUGAAGCCUGGAUGAUUCUCAAGCAAAUCCAUGAUACCAACAUGAGGGCCAAAGGAGAGCCAGAGAGGGUGUUCACGGUGGCCAACAUAAAGACUCCGAAGCAGAUCGAUGAAUUUAUUGAAAUCCAGAGUUCAACCGGGACCUGGUAUCAACGGUCGUUUGUCAGAGCCACAACAACUGCCAAACAGGUUUUGGACAACGUGCUCUAUUGUUUGACAGCCCAGUACCGAAUGAACACUCUGUUUCUGGCUAUCGUAUGGUUCACCAUGGCUUUAAGUUACUACGGCCUUAUCGUCUGGUUCCCGGACAUGAUACGGUAUUACCAGGAAGAGGCGUAUAAGUCGCGCGAGAAGAUCUUCCAUCAUGAAGAAGUGAAGCAUUUCACCUUCAACUUCACCCUGGAGAACCAGCUGCACAGAGACGGGACGUACUUCAAUGACAAGUUCAUUAAAAUGAAAUUCAAAGACGUGACAUUUGAGGACUCCGUAUUUGAGGAAUGCUAUUUUGAAGACGUGACUUCCAGCGAUACCUUCUUCAAAGGAUGCACCUUCAUCUCCACCAUCUUUUAUAACACAGACCUCUACGAGCAUAAAUUCAUUGACUGCACAUUUGAGAACAGCACCUUUCUGGAGCAGAAGCAGGGCUGCCAUUUGGAUUUUGAGCAAGACAACGACUUCCUCAUUUACCUCGUCAGCUUCCUGGGCAGCCUCUCGGUGCUUCCUGGGAACAUCAUCUCGGCUCUGCUGAUGGACAAAAUAGGCCGGAUCAAGAUGAUUGGGGGUUCUAUGCUGAUCUCGGCAGUUUGCUGUUUCUUCCUGUUCUUUGGCAAUAGCGAAUCAGCCAUGAUCGGCUGGCAGUGUCUCUUCUGCAGCACCAGCAUCGCUGCUUGGAACGCCCUGGACGUUAUUACUGUGGAGCUGUACCCUACGCAUAAACGAGCCACUGCCUUUGGCAUCCUGAAUGGGCUGUGCAAGAUUGGAGCCAUCCUGGGGAACUCAAUCUUUGCCUCCUUCGUGGGGAUAACCAAGGUGGUCCCCAUUCUCCUGGCCUCCACCGCUCUGGUCGCAGGAGGCCUCCUUGCCCUGCGGCUGCCAGAGACCCGCGACCAGGUCCUGAUGUGAUCGGCUCGAGCGGGAAACGAUCACGGCCGCAGCAAAAGCAAAGAGUCAUGAGAAGAAAGCCGAAUAUUUCCCACCGAAACGUCCUCCGCUGAUAUCUCAGAUCUUCGGUGGUGGGGAAGGGACGGAGAAGCAGCCCACCGUGACGACGUUACACCUUUAGUUCUAGGACCGUUGAGAAGUGCUGACGGAGCCCCUCGCACACAAACGCAAACACAGGCGCCCGAGCUUUGCUCAUUUGCUUCGAAGCUAUUAAUUACAAAGGGAAUGGAGCUUUGUCUUGGCUGCAGAAACACGGGCGAACAUCCUUCGGCCCGAACUGAGAUCACACCAUGUUGUGAUUCUGCAUGUCUAUGUAUUUAUGUACAUUUUAAAACAGCGAGGCACGGAAGAACGCCUCCUUCCAGAGCCUCCUCAUUCCCGCCGCUUUUCUGGACUAUUUUGCAAAAUGAGAACCCAUGGCUGUUCGGUCUGGAGAAAGUUCACAAACCACUUGCAUGUUCAGGGGUAAAGCUACCCUGUUGACCAAAGAUCAGCUAUUGGUUAGACAUUUGCCAGCAGUUAGGGCUUCCAUUUUGACAACCGACUCCCCACGUCGCCUGUUUUGCUUCUGAGGUCCCUGUUUUCGGAAAACAUCGGCUCUCAGAGGAAGCUAUUUACGUUUAGAAAACCUUGGCCGGUGUUUGCUUUGUUAUUCUUUUUUAACAUGCUCUUGGGAAUUAACUUUCCAUUCUCAUUUCCGUUCAGUAGUUUAUAAAACAAAAUAGCGAUGUUCAGACUGCUUACUUUGCCGGAGCAGCAAUUAACGCGAGCGCAAACAUGCCCGCGUGACCGUCUUCAGAUGCGUUGUUUUGGGACAUAUUUCUGGGGGGAGGAAAUUUUUCCCCCCUUGCUCUGACCAGUUUCAUUCAGUGGGCAUCAAAUGAUUUCAGAAACCAAAUAUGUACAUAUUCUGUAGUGUAAAUAGGGGCUGGGUGUAGGUUUGGAAUCAAGUGUAUGAUAUGGAUACUGCAAGAAUUUAAUUUACCAGCAUUACAGCCAUAUUAAGGAAUGGAAAUGUUUUGAGUUGCUGACAGCUGCUGAGUCUCACGUGGUACACUAGACAGCACUUUUUGGGGGCCAUUCCAGUUGUCCCUUUGAAACCCAACGAAUCCUAACCGAUGAAAGGGCAAGGAAUGGAAUGUCGCAAUGACAAACCCUCCGGCAUCGGGUGAGUGGGACUCACUCGAGCAGGACUCACAGAGUGAGGCCUCCUCACCCACUGGUGCAUGACAUUCCAUCCGUUUCCCCAGCCGCCUCCCACCAUUGGUUCACAAUAUUUGAUCCUCACCCCUCCCUCCCUCCCUGCCUGCCUGCCUGGCUGCCUCCCCACCCCACCCCAAGAGCCCAUCACCACCAGCAGAGCAGCAGUGCCGGGGGGCAUGCUGCUCUGCUGGCCCCUUAAAGCCCUCCCCCUCCCCCAAGCAUCCCUAUUCCCGCCUCCCUCCAUUCAAGCCUCACUUUUCCCCCUCCCCCUCAAACUCCCUCCCUCCUCUGCCUCUCACCUUUCUCCUCCCCUGCCCCUAAACCCCCUCCCACCCUAAGUCUC